AUGGCAUAUUUUGUUGGCAAUAAAGACUCACAAAUGUUAUUAAAUGUGAUGGCUAAUAGGAGGAAGGUUUGUCCUGAGUUUUUUUUCGAGUACAAGUGUGAUGACAAGGAGUUGUUAGCAAUUUUUUGGGCUGAUGAGACUGCACGAUCAAAUUAUAGGAAAUUUGGCGAUGCAAUAUCAUUUGAUGCAACGUUUAGGACCAACAAGCAUGCUAUGAUAUUUGUUCCGUUCGUUGCAAUUGACAAUCAUAAGAAAUCCGUUGUUGUUGGAGUUGCAUUUAUUCAUAAUGAAUCUAUUAGUAAUUACCUCCAACACCUUACGCAGUUCGUUAGCGAAUUUAAUAAGUUGGUGUGGAACGUUUACCUUGGUCUUAAUGAAUUUGAGAUGCAAUGGAACAAUCUGAUCAAUUUUAAUGGAUUAAGUGGAGAUCCAUGGUUUGAUGAAUUGUACAAUAUUAGGGAGUCGUGGAUUCCGGCUUACUAUAAGGAUUAUCAUAUGUCAGGCCUAAUGAAAACAACAUCCAGGUCAGAGAGCAUCAAUGCGUUUUUUAACGUUUAUGCACAUUUUUGGCAUGAUCUUGUUGUUUUCCUCCGUUCUUUUGAUAAUGCAAUUGAAAGUCAACGGGCAACACAUGGGUCGGUAGAGGUGACAACCAAGAGCACGAUUCCUCGAUUGGUGUCCCCUUGCAAGUUAGAAGUUCAUGCAGCAGAGGUGUAUACACGGACGAUAUUUUUCGAAAUUCAGAAAGAGUUAAGAAAGGCUGUUUGGCUUUGUAGCUGGGAUGGAUUCACCGACGUUGGUGAAACCAGAGUGUACACCAUUACUCACAAGAACAAGGCUUCGAAGGUCACAACAAAGUACACGGUGAUUAAAAACAAGAAGGAAAACUCUUACGAUUGCAGUUGCAAUUUUUUUGUUCGUAAUGGGAUUUUAUGUCGUCACGCUCUCAAGGUGAUGUUAAAUGACGAGGUUGACAGAAUUCCCGAUAAAUAUAUACUUCGUCGUUGGCGACGCGAUCUAGUUCCCGUGGAGUGGUUACCAGCACGUUUCAGAUAUGGUGAAGUUGAUGCAGAGAAAGAGAGAUUGAUGAGUUUGGCUUAUUCAUAUUUUGAACGUAUCUUAGGUAGAGUCCGAAAUGAAAAAGACAUUUUGUCAAGAUUUGUUGACCAACUCGAACAAUGGGAUUCAAAGGUUGACAUUGAACUUCCUUUACAGUCACACACUGAAGAGACCACAUCGUCUAUUAAAGAGUUUCUUGGAGUAUCUCAACCCGAAACUGUUGAUGUUCUUCCUCCCAUGGGUAUUCGAAACAAAGGUUGUGGAACUGGUAAGAGACUUAUUAGCGCUGCAGAGAAAGGAAUUUCAAACGGAAAAAAGCAGAAGAGAAAGUGUCAACUAUGUGGUCAGAUGGCUACACAUGAUUCUCGGAAUUGUCCGAAGCGUGAUUACAUUUAA